AUGUUAGGCCUCGCCCCUUUUAAUAGCGAGAAGAGUAGCAGCGUGGGGCCACCCACUCAUAAGCAUACUUGCCACACUCCAGUGGCCAUCAAGUUCGUGGAUCUUCGUUUCGGCUUUGUCUACAAUGUUGCUCUCGUAAUAGGGGACUUGCUCAUCAGCAUCAUCUGCGUUAAACGUAUUUUCGCAAUUGAUUACACGUUCAAGACAGCUUUGACAUUCACGAUCGACAUUGCACUGACCAUUUAUGGGAUAUCAUUGGUGAACGCACUCUGGUUAUUAACCUGCAUCAAGCGUGGCCACAUGGCGCGAUUGCUCAACCGUUUGGUGAAGGUGGAUUCCAGCAUCUGUCGUCUGUCGAGUUCGAAACGGAUCAGCUUAUCACGCUCGCACAUGAUUGGGACUUUUGUCGUCCUCGUCAUCAUCUGGGUUGUCCUUACUGUCGCUGAUAAUCAGGCUUACCAUACCAUAAUCUUCGAUUGGCUCAACGACAUUUUCCCAAUGUUCAUCAUUGACCAGUUCAUGCUGCAGUACAUUUUGAUGGUAAAAGUUCUCGAAAUACACUACAAAAACCUGAACAACGCCGCUAUCGACUUUUCGAUGGCUUCGACGACCAAGACCUUUCGUUCGUUUGUUCAUCAUGAUGAAAUAACCCUGAUGCACUGUGACUACUUUCCGAAAAUCAAUGACUUCAGACAAGCUCACAGAACUCUAUGUGAGAUCGGAUCCGAUGUUGCGGAAUUUUAUUCCCUGCCGAUCCUUUUAACCUUAGCUUUAAGCUGCUCCGGAAUUAUCUACAAUGCUUACCUCCUUUGUACACCAUUCGCAUUCGACGUGGAAAUUGAUACCAAACUCAUCGUCAUCGAGUCGGUUGCUUAUGUGUUGGUACUGCUGGUACCGAUCGCUCUCCUUGGCCAGGGCAUCGAUGGCUUGACACAUGAGAUGAAGAAAACGUCUGAUGCUAUUUACAAAAUGCUUCACGGACCAAAUUUGAGUCCAGAAGACACAGAUGAGCUUGAACAAUUCUCUAUCGAGUUGCUGCAUCGAAAAAUUUACUUCACCGCAUACGGACUCUUCCCUCUGAAUCGUUCUCUCGUGCAGUCGAUAUUCAGCACGACCAUCACGUAUCUUGUAAUCCUCUUACAGUUUCAUAUAUCGCCGGAGAAGCCCCAGUGA